AACAUCCUGACUUUUGCCUUGACCUCGUAGUUUGGGCCCACUUAACUCUAUCAUUCUUCUCGACCACAACACAACAUCGAAUGAAUUGAUGAUAUUGUACUUACAGAGGAACCAUGGAGCCCCGCAUUAUAUUUCUUGUUCCUCGCCUUCAUGUCAAGAGGGUGAAGACGGUUCUCGAGCAACAUGAUUUGCUAGAUCGAAAAACAAAAAUUGCAGCCGUUGCUGCAGAUGAAGAGCAGGGACAACCGCGAGAUUCGCGAAUGGCAUUAUUUACGACAAUAAAUCCAACUCAAUCGGAAAUACAAGACAUGUUUCUAGAUGACGAACGGAAAUCCACCCUCACAGGGGACCUCGCUCUGGACGACUUGAAAGAAGAAAUAGAUAUCAUCCUACAGAACAGUGAAUCGACCGGAGCCACUACAACUCGCAAUCCAUUCACUGCCGCCAUAAUAGAAGCACUCAACAAACUCCCGCCAUCAUUACUCGAAGUCAUCCACAUCAGCCACGCGGACUUGAUCAACGAAGCACCAACAACAUACUCGAUAUACAAACCCAUGCUCCUCCUCCCACCCAACGCAUUCGACUCCCCUCCCUGGAAAACCCUCUUCUCCGCCCACGGAGCCAACCACCAAGACCUCCAACCCCUCUGGACAACCAUCGCCUCCUCAAUGAACGUAACGCACAUAGCCAUCAACGCCGGAAUCCCGCUCUCCAAAGCCCAACCCACCACCACCAAACCCCAAGAAGUCGAAAACAUCCUCCGCAGCCCCCUAAACCUCACCCCCCUCCACGGCGCCUUCCACCCCCUCCCGACCCCCCAAACCCUCACCUCCCCAACCCCCUCCGACCUCUCCUCCACCCUCUGGGUCUCCACAAGCCAAAACGGCAUCGUCCAGGUCUGGGCACCGCUAUACACCAUGUUCUCCCGCGGCAACAUCCGCGAGAAAACACGGCUGCUCACUCUCCCCUCCGUCACCGCCGCCGUCACGCAAGGGGCGGAAGAGGAGCAGGGUUGCACGGCCGUGGACCUCUACGCCGGCAUCGGGUACUUCUCCUUCUCGUACCGGCGCGCCGGCGUCGCGAAGGUGCUGUGCUGGGAGUUGAAUCCCUGGAGCGUGGAGGGUCUGCGUCGCGGGGCGGAGAGGAACCGCUGGAAGACUGCUAUCUUCCACGACGCUGCUUCGUCGUCCCCGUCUGCUGUGGUUAGUACGUUACGCGAGUUAGAUGAAGAGGGGGUGGAUUUCGCGGUCUUCCAGCAGAGCAACGAGUUCGCGGCGCCGGUUGUGCGUGCGCUGAGGGAGGGGGGCGUGGUGCCGCGGGUCAGACAUGUGAAUUUGGGGUUUUUGCCUUCGUCGCGGGGCGCAUGGAGGACGGCGGUGAGGGUUGUGGAUGCGGAGGUUGGGGGGUGGGUUCAUGUGCAUGAGAAUGUUGGGGUUGGGGAGAUUGAGGGGAGGGCGGGGGAGGUCGUGGAGGCUAUGCAGGGGUUUUUAGAUGAGUGGGAUGGGGAGUUGGGGAGGAGAGAUGGAGGGAGGAGGAGGGUGGUGUGGGAGCAUACGGAGAGGAUUAAGACGUAUGCGCCUGGGGUGUGGCAUGUGGUUUUUGAUGUUAGGGUUGAGGGGUGGAGGGAUGUGGAGGGAUGAUUUGAUGGCGGUGGGUGUUUGUUGUAGGUAAUUUGCCUUUGAUGGCGAUGGUUUAUUCCAGACCGUUUCUACAUAUAUACUACGCAAGCCGUUACUUAUUCGUGUUCA